UUUCAAUAUAUAAGAAAAAUGUGAGAUAAACGCGGAAGUUAGCACGCAAAUUUCAUAGCACGUCAUUUUGGGUGUUAGAAUUUUGCUGCUGCCAGAUCAAACGAUUUGAUCGGAACCGAGUGAAUUAAGAUUAUUCAUUUAUUUAUUUUCAUUUAUAUUAAACUUCUGAUUUCUUGGCGUUGGUUAUUUCUCUAUAACUUCCAGCAUCCGAGCUGGUGGCGUUGGAGCUCGGUGUUGGGAGGAAAAGAAUCUGACACGGUGGUUUGCUAUAACCUUUAAAAACUUAUCAUGAUGACUUUCGAGCGGAAAAGAUAGUGAUCCGCCGUUUCUGUUUUUCUUUCUUCUGCUGCUUUUUCUUCAUUGAAUAAUUACGUUCAGAAGAGAAAGCAAAAGAAGAAGGAAAUAGAAAAGGAUCUAAAAGAAAUCAUUGGUUUAUAAUUGGAUUCAAAUGGGAAAGAUGGAAAUGAUUACGAAUACAUCUCCUCGUAAAGGUGUCAACAAUGUCCACCCAACGCCACCUCCAUUACCAGCUAAAGCUCCAAAGUAUGGGCGGAAAGGGAUAUUUAUGAGCAAGCGAUCAGCCUUAACAAGAUACAACAGUGCUUCAUCAACGGCAAGGGAUUUAUGGGAUAGUCUCUUUGAUGGAGGAUAUAGAGCAGAUGUUACCAUCAAAACUGAUUAUGGUGGCAUCAUCUAUGCACAUGCUAAUGUUCUUGGCAUGGCUUCUCCGGUCUUAAGAGGCAUGUUGAAACGAGCAAAAGGCUUUGGUAAAAAGAGAUCAAUUUCCAUCCAUGGUGUUCACCAAGAUGCCGUUCGGGUUUUCAUCCGAUUCUUGUACUCUUCCAGAUAUGAAUAUGAAGAAAUGAAGGAGUUUAUGGUGCCAUUGUUGGUGCUGUCACACGCAUAUGCUGUGUCUUCAUUGAAGCGAGUUUGUGAACAACAACUGGAGCAUGGAUUGCUUAAUCUAGAAAACGUAGUUGAUAUUUUCCAGCUUUCAUUACUCUGUAAUGCGCCUCGGCUUACACUGAUUAGUCACCGAAUGAUCUUAAGUAAUUUCAAGGCUGUCUCCGCAACUGAAGGAUGGAAAUCAAUGAGGAACAGUCAUCCAGGACUUGAAAAAGAGCUUCUGGAAUCCGUGAUUGAAGAAGAAAACAAUCAAAAGGAGAAAAUCAGAAAAUCAAAGGAACGAAAGAUCUAUCUUGAAUUAUUUGAAGCAAUGGAGGCUCUUGUUCAUAUUUGCAGAGAUGGUUGCAGAACUAUUGGUCCACAUGAUAAGGAUUUCAACCAGAACCAAACACCUUGCAAAUAUAGAACCUGCAAAGGGCUUGAACUUCUGGUUCGUCACUUUGCUGGUUGCAAAUUGAGAGUCCCUGGCGGCUGCAUUCAUUGCAAGAGAAUGUGGCAGCUUCUAGAGUUACACUCCCGCCUAUGCGCUGAUUCUACUUCCUGUAGAGUUCCUUUAUGCAGUCUUUCAUAUAUUGCAGUAAUUUCAAGGAAAAGGUCAAGAAACAAAGCAAGAAGGACGAGAUCAAGUGGAAAAUACUGGUGAAAAAGAUAUUGAGAACAAAGAGAAUUGGAGGAAGUGUAUCAUUCAUUGCGUCCUCAAAUUCCAUGUCUUCAUGACGGCCAAAAAGUUCAGUCGUGAACUUGCUAAACUGGCAUUUAUUUAAAAAAGAAAAUGUAGCCAUUGCAUUGUUUGUUUUUAAUUAGUAAAAACAAAUGUACUAAAAAGG